UACGAAAGAAUCAAAUGUUUAAAAGCGAAAAGAGGCAUGAAAGUAAGCUUUACUUAACAAUUAAAAAUGCUCAACCGCUUGUCCGUGAAAAAUAGCUUACUUCAUUACAACAAUAUUGGAUGCUAUUAUAAACUGUUGUGCAAUGUGAGAACGAAAAGCCUACUAAAGGGUAAAAGAAAUGCACAGUGUCUUCACACAUCUAGAUAUUCACCCCAGAGUCUUGUACUAGGGAUAGAAACUAGUUGUGAUGAUACUGGUGCAGCAAUAGUCGACUCUAAAGGAAAAGUAAUAGGAGAAGCCUUGCAUUCCCAGUUACAGACUCAUUUAGAAAUGGGUGGCAUCAUCCCUCCGAUAGCAAGAGACCUCCACACUGAAAACAUCUCUAGAAUUGUCGAAACAGCUUUACAAAAUGCUAAUUUGGAAAUCAAAGAUCUCAGUGCUAUAGCAGCAACAGUAAAACCAGGAAUGCCACUAUCCCUGCUUGUAGGCACUCAUUUUGCCAAGGAACUCUGCAAAACGUGGAAUAUUCCAUUCAUCCCUAUUCACCACAUGGAAGCUCACGCUUUGACAGCAAGAAUGGUGGAAAAGGUUGAUUUCCCCUUUCUAGUUCUCUUGGCAUCUGGUGGACACUGUCUACUAGCUGUGGCAAACAAAAUUGAUGAAUUUCUACUGCUGGGAGAAAGCAUUGAUAAUGCUCCAGGCGAAGUGCUUGAUAAAGUUGCCAGAAGAUUGAAACUACGAAACCUGCCGACUUUUUCUACGUUAUCUGGUGGAAAGGCGAUCGAAGAGCUAGCUAAGCAAGGUGAUGCUACGGCUUUUGAAUUCGGCAACCAACCGAUGUACAAAUACAACGACUGUUCUUUCAGUUUCUCCGGAUUAAGAGCAAAAAUCCACAGACAUGUAGAGCGCGAAGAAAUAAACCACAACAUUGAAGCGGAUCAAGUGUUACCGUCUGCUGCCAACUUGUGCGCAAGUUUUCAACACGCUCUGUUUGCUCACAUUUGCAGAAGAGUACAACGAGGAAUGUUGUAUGUCGACAUGAAACAGAUGAUACCGGAAGGAGCAAGAAAGUUGGUCGUAUCCGGAGGCGUGGCCUGCAACAGCCAUUUCCGCAAAUAUUUGAGCAUUGUAUGUGCCGAGAUGGGUUACACUCUUGUUUGCCCACCGCCUAAGCUUUGCACUGAUAAUGGAAUCAUGAUAGCAUGGAACGGCAUGGAAAAAUGGAUGGCAGGUGUCGGAGUCGCAAAAGAUAUCGACGCUAUCGACAUCGAACCAAAGGCAACACUUGGUACCAAUAUGAUUGAGGAUGUGCGGAGUUGUAACAUAUCGCUGAAAAAGAAAGGGAUCAGGUUGCUACCAAAGAAAGUGAAGUGUUAGUUAAUACAAUUGCUACAUCUA